UGAAAUUAAUUGUUGUGUGUGGUGAAUGUGUCAAACGUUAUUCGUCGAUGGACAUUGACUUGUGGUCUCACGUAGUUUGUUGUAAAAUCGUGCGUGCUUCGUAACAGUAAUGAGAUGAUGACAGCGAAGAGGAAAAACUAUUGACUGAUCUAAAAGUGAGAUGUGUAUUGCAGUGAUGUGGUAUAUUGCUGCUGUAGCACCAACCGAAUACCAUCUUUAAUCGUUUAAAAAUUGUGUGUAGGCGAGCUACGAAAAACUGAAGUGCAAUGUCUGGACGACCACUGAAGUGCCCUCACUUGGCCAGCGUCGAUGUUACUCACGCAGAUAUUGAGAAAGCGAAGGAGAUUAGCAAAUGUUCACUUUGUGAGUCUCGUGGACCAAACCUAUGGCUUUGUGUCCACCGAGGCUGCUUACAGAUCGGCUGCGGAGAAGUACAUAAUGACCACAGUACUGCACAUAACAAAAGCAAUCGUAGCCACUGUGUACACCUGAAUUUAUCAACGUUGCGUGUAUGGUGCUACCUCUGUGAAACAGAAGUGUUACUUGAACUGCCAGAUACAGGGUCAGCACUGAGUUGCAAAGUUCCUCAGGUGUACAAUGCACCAUCAGUUCCUUCACCUGCUGGAUCGAUAACAGGAGGUCACUUUGGCGGAGGAGAGUCGGCUGAGAGCAGUGAUAGUGAUAUCAGCAACCAGGAGGAUGAAGGCAAACCCAGGGGACUCACAGGUCUGCAGAAUAUCGGCAACACAUGUUACAUGAAUGCUGCACUGCAAGCUCUGUCGAACACACCACCGCUGACACAGUUCUUCUUGGACUGUGGGGCCUUUGUGACAAGUCGCACAGGCACAACAGGUUCUGGUGAUAAGAAGCCUGGUCUUUCACGAUCGUACCACAGGUUAAUCCAGGAGAUGUGGCAUUCUCGCCGUCCAGGAUAUGUUGUACCUUCUGCCAUUCUGUAUGGGAUCAGAAACGUACAUCCAAUGUUUCGUGGCUAUCAGCAACAUGAUACCCAGGAAUUCUUGCGGUGUUUCAUGGACCAGCUGCAUGAAGAAUUGAAGGAGCCAGUAGUGGAUAUUUAUCCUGAGAAACCAGUUCCCCCACAUGAUGACAACCAGCACAUUCGGCGAAAUUCCUUUGAAGACAUUUCUGAUGAGGAUGAUGAACAUACUGGCGGUAGAGGAAGUGGAUGCGGCGGAAACUCUAGCCAAUCUGAAGCUGAAUAUGAAACGUGUGAUUCAGGUGUGAGUGAGAGGUCUUCAUUAAGUGAUGAAGGGGAAAGAUCAUCAAGCAAAAACAGUAUUCACAGAUCCAGAUCUCCAUCUCCUUCUGAGCGUGGGUCACGUCUGUGCAAGCCUACUUCAGCAGCUUGCAAUCGUGGGCCUUCCUGUUUGCCGUCUUCUGCUCCCGGGCCUGGAGCGUCACGCAAGAAACACCCCGUUAAGCACCGGAGUAUCAUUUCUGAUGUAUUUGACGGAAAGCUGCUGAGUUCUGUGCAGUGCCUUACAUGCGAUAGGAUAUCAACACGUGUUGAGACUUUCCAAGACCUAUCAUUGCCGAUUCCAAGCAGAGACCACAUUCACAUGUUACAUCAAGGCUCCUUAACUCCACAGAAAGGAGGACUCUCAGCUUGUUCUGAUGUCUACACAGGAGACCAGGGUUGGGUAUCCUGGAUCUGGGAAUGGGUACGAAGCUGGUUUUGGGGUCCCACAAUCAGUUUGCAUGACUGUCUUGCUGCAUUCUUCAGUGCAGAUGAACUUAAAGGAGAUAAUAUGUACAGCUGUGAAAAGUGCAAUUUACUUCGAAAUGGUGUCAAAUACUCCAAAGUUCUGGAGUUACCAGAAGUUCUCUGCAUCCAUCUGAAGCGAUUUCGGCACGAGUUAAUGUACAGCUCCAAAAUUGGAAGUUAUGUAUCUUUCCCCCUGGAAGGCCUUGACAUGAGACCCUACCUACAUAAAGAUUGUGUCUCACAAGUCACUAGUUACGACUUGAUGUCCGUGAUUUGCCACCAUGGAACAGCUGGUGGUGGUCACUACACCUGUUACUCCCUGAACUGUAUCAGUGAGCAGUGGUUUGAAUUUGAUGACCAGUAUGUUACACAAGUGUCUCCUGAAACAGUCCAGAACUGUGAGGCAUAUGUUCUCUUCUACAAGAAGUCAUGUGAUGAGAUUGGAAAGAAACGUCAGCGAGCUGUUGAACUCAUUGAACUCUCAUCCAAUGAACCAUCUCUAGAUUUCUAUGUCUCCAAGCAGUGGGUCAACAAAUUUAACACAUUUUCAGAGCCAGGUCCGAUUGACAACUCUGACUUUCUUUGUGCUCAUGGCAGAGUGCAGCCUUCCAAAGCUGCGGAUAUGCAUCAGCUGUGUACCAUAUUAUCACAACCAGUAUGGGAGUACCUGUAUGAGACGUUUGGUGGUGGUCCUGCAUGCAACUUCCUCCGUGCUUGUGCCACAUGCCAAGAAGAACAAGAAGUUUUACAGAGGCGUAUAAAACAAGAGCUCCAGGAAUUCAUGCAGCUCAUCAAAGAUUUUCAGGCUGACGAAGGACCAAGUGUGAUAUAUGCCAUAUCUAUGAGCUGGUUUCGGCAAUGGCAAAAUUUUGUUCGUGGCAAAGAACCUGAGCCUCCUGGUCCCAUUGAUAACAGUUCAAUUGUCACAACCAAGAAUGGACAGCCUGUUGUCAAAAUGGUUUCAGAUUAUGCUCAGCUAUCAGAAGAACUGUGGUAUUUCUUUAAACGCAUUUAUGGAGGAGGACCUGAAGUUGUGUUUCGGUCACCAUAUGCAGGAGGUCCAGCAGUGAGUUGCACUACUGCUUCAGGCAUUGGCCGACCUUGUUAUCCAGGCACAGUGUCGGCAACACCUGAUGGGAGUUUGGCAGCUGCCAUUAAGGCCCGCAGCACAGACAACAUAGAUACUGGGCUAUAUUCAUCUGCAAAUACAGCUGUUAUGGGCCGACAGACCAGAGCUCAAAGUGCCAGUUCUGACAACACAGCACUACGUUCAGCAGCCAGGAAUGCUUCAGUGCACAGAAAGCAGCAACAACAACAGUCAUUAGAUACAACUGUGGAUAUGGGUACAUAUUAUCAGAACUUCUUGUGCAAGCACAAUGAUUUUUCAUCUGGAUCAUUUGGUGUUACCAUUACUGCUGAUGACCCGAUGCAUCCUGCACCGGUGACCUCAGAAAAAGACUCUGGAAUAAUCCUUGGUAAGGAACUAGGAGCCAGCGACACAUUGUAUUCCCCAGUCACUGAAACUAUUGUGCAGAACACUUGAAAAGAAUUGUAACUUGUAUGCGCUUUCAGUUCACUAGUCAUGUUGUACAUUGUAGUUCUGUGAAGUAUGUAUAAAUAGGGCUUACUUAUGUUACAUUUAAAAUAUGACAUACCGACAAAGACUUUUUCACCAAUUCAUUAGAUGUAAUUAUAGUCUUUUGUUGAUAAAUGCCAUUGCAAAUAAAUAUAUGCAUUUAUGAUAUGUCUUGUUCCUCAUAUAUAUAUAUCUGGCAAAAUUUUCACUUUCCUGUGCAAAAUUACUCAAUAUUUUGCUCCAUUGGAAAGGAAGAACUGCAGAUGGGAAUGUAGCAAUGAGGGUAAUGAAUUUGUACAAGUAUUGUGAAGGAAAUGUGUUCAUUUCUCAGUUUAUGUAAAAUGCUUACUGCUCUAUUGUUCGGGCUAAAUUAUAUGCUAUGUGUAGAUUUAUUUUCUCUUUUCUUCCUGUGCUCGUAAAUUGUUUAUGAAAAUUUUGACUGUUUUAGUCUCAGUGGAAACAUUCAUUAUUGCUCAUAUUUGCUUCAUUUGCCAUGGAUGUAGCACUUUCUCAUGUGGUUUAAAUGAUUUCAGUAUGUAUGUCUUUCACUCAGAGCUGAGAGAAAAGUACAGGUGUAAAAUCAAUCUUUUUCUAUUGGUGCAAUUAUCAGCUUUUCCUAUGUUAUCUGGAACAUUGUUAGUAGCAAUAAUGGUAGUUUGAUGACUGUUUAUUGAAUGAAAAGAAAUGGCAAACUUUUUCAUAAUGUAGGACAAGUAUUUUAUGAGAAAUAGACAAUGUCUGUACAUGCAGAAGCUAAUGGAAAAUGUGUAGUAUUCCACAAAAAUUAGAAAUAACAAUUAGUUAUAUCUUUUAUAUGAUGGUGUGUGUGUGUGUGUGUGUGUGUGUGUGUGUGUGUGUGUGUGUGUGUGUGUGUGUGUUAUAUAUUGAAUUUAUCUACCAAAGACCUAAUGUAUUUUACCACACACAAAUAUCAGUUUCUGAAGAUUAUAGUGCAUCUGUGUUUGUAAUUAUUCAUAAUAUUAUUAUUUAUAGUAUAAAGCAUUCUAUGGUUGGUAUGAAAAGUGCUUAUUAGGUCAUAUGUAUGUGUGCUGUAUAUUUGUUUUCAGUAUUACAGACUGUUAGGUCUUUCAAGCUGUAUUUAAGCGUAGCAAGGAUCACUCACAGCCCCAGUGUAUAAACUCAAUAUUAUUUAUGCCUGAGAGCAACUGUAUUUCAUGUUGUGUAAAUGUUGGUCUUUCUCAUUUAGUUGUUAUACUGUUUCAUUCCUUUAAUACAACUUGUGUCUUUUGUUAAUGUUGACUUUGUGGUUGUAAAUUUACCUGUGAAUGGGAAUUGUUAAACAUUUUUUGUAGAGAUCAAGUAUUUCGUAAGUACACCAUGUCAUUAUUGAGCGUUAGCACAUUGUUACAAAGGGGGUUGGGGUGCCCUCCACCCCCACUUUCUUCAUAUGCUCCACCAGUGUUACAGUUUUCACUGUUGCUAUUGUCUGGCUGAUAAUACUAUUACUAUUAUUAUUUUUUAUAGCAGAUCGCAUUUACUCCCCAUCAUGUUAUUGCAACUGCUAAACAUUUGUAUUUGACUGUUUUAAUGUAUCAGUCAUAUUUUAUUCCUCUGGUUAAAAAGAAAAAUGAGGUUCUGUAAAUGAACAAGAGAAUUGAUAUCGUGGAUGUACUAUAACUAGCCUAUAAUCUUGAAGCUGUGAAGCUGUGGUAAAGAAAUCAUAGUUUAAACAACACUAAUGGCGUGCAGACCACUUUUCGUCAUUUAUUGUGCUUGACAGUGAUUAUAACAUUGUUUUUGCAUUAUAAUUUAUUUCAAUUGGUUGUGUCAGUUUUUUGUCAAUGAUUAAAAAAACUUAACUAAAAAUGUAGUCCACAUGAGAUUAACUGUACCUGCUUUCAUUGAGUUAAAUGCAUACAAAAAAUUGAAACUGUUUUUUAAAAUUGAUUUGUGUUAAAAAUUAUAUUUCAUACAUUUAUUCUGAAAAUCUAUAUCAUCAGCUAUUUAUUAUGAUGAAACGAAGUACCUUUAGUCACUAUUCAUCUUUUGACAACACAGGUGCUUGAAAUGGGGAGGGUCUGGGGAUUAUGAAAUGUGGCUACUGACUGUGCUUGGUUAACACAGUUACAAAAGUUGAACAAAUGAAUAAUUGUAGUAAGGGGCAAGCAGAAGACAAAAAAGUUGACUAUACCUGUUUCCAGAAUUUGUUUAAAAUAUUGGUAUAUGUGGCCUUUGCAGAAGACUGUUAUCACCAAUGCAUCUUUCAGCUAUUUUUGUAGUUACAUUUCAAACAGUCUGUUUAUGUAAUGUGUAGAAAUUUUGCUGCAUUAAGACAUUUUUUUUUAUAAAAUCAAUUACUCCUUUUGUUGCAUCAAAAAUGGAAAAAUGGAAUAUUUGUAAUAGUUAAAAAAUUAAUAAACGGCAAAGUAAAUAAUUCUGAAAACAAAUCUGCUGGUUAAAGGCCGAUUUGUACUGAUGUGAUGUUUCUCAGUGAAUCACACUGAUUUGUAAAUCGGAUGGUAUGAAGGAACAGCAUUGUUUGUUGAGGAUUUGCCUCACAUUUCUCUUGUAACUGUUACAUGCAAAGUGUUUGUUUCUGAAUGUUCUGUAUUAAUAUUUCUACUAUCUGGUGGCAGGAAGGAAAAAAAUUGAAGAUUUCAUCUACUCUCCAUGUGCUUUGGACAAAGGAAUAGAGCUCAGCAUAAAUAAAAUAUCUAGUAAAAUUCAAUUCCAGUUUUAUUUGUUGGGAUCAGCUUUAUAAAUCAAAAGAAAAAAUUGUCUGGGUUGCAAUUUUACAAUAAGGCUGAUAUUUUAUGCACGUUUUGUACUAGAGACUCGUGGCUUGAUAAAUGUUUUCUUUCCCCAUCCAUGUUUAUAAUUCAGUCAUGUGAGUUGUAAUUGAUUCGCUGCAGGUACCAACAUAUGAAGGAUGUGGAUGACAUCCUGAAAGUAUACCAACUGCCAUUUUUAUUUUUAUUUUGUGAUUUACAACCUGCAGUGUAUUGUUUUCUCUUAAGAUAGAAGUUUCUGUAGAUCUUUGUCAUCAAUUUAAAUUAAGUGUUUGAUCCAAGUAUUAAAGCUUUUCCCCCCAUCUAAUUAAGACUGUUAUUCAAAAUUCUCAGUGCGGUGUUCUGUUUCUUAUGAUCCAUUUACCAGCAUCAAAAAUUAAAAAACUGUUUAACUAUUCCAUAUAUUUGCAUUAUUCAGAUCAGCUAUCAUUUCAUCAACUGUAAAAGAAAAAGGUAUUGUGUGUGGGGUGGGGGAAGGUUAAGAGUUGUGAUAGUGUCACAAGCAAGCAGUGCACAAUAAAUUGUCAUAUCCAAAUGCUCCUCACAUGUUGAGUGAAAAGAGCCAGUUUGUCCUUGGGCCAUCCCAAAAUUAAGUUACAUAUUACAGUCAGAAUUGGUUAGCAAUUAUCUCUUCAGUAUAUUUUUGUAUUUCAUGUGUUUGUGUGUGCACUUUUCUGUUGUUUAGGAUAAUCAUGUUUUAUAUUCUCUGCCUCCCACCCCACCCCACACCCCUUUUUCACAUUUUUCUUCUUGCCUGAGUUGACUUACAAAUAAAAUGCAGUUCACUCUUUUCGUUUCUCUCUCUUAAGCUGUGUAUCAGCAAUUUCCUUCAUCCUUGUAGAUUAACAAAAAUGUAUUUUUCUACGUAUUUGAUAAAAAAAAUAUUUCACUGAUGAACAGAGAGAAAUAGAUGAAUAAUGAUCCAAGUGUUAAUUUUGUAGCGCUAUCUGCAAGUAUUGUAACAAAUCCAAUAAACACUUAUCAGGCACGAAAAUCAUCAGUGAAAGAAAUCUAACAGUGCAUGUUAGAAUGUUAAAUAUCAUGCAACGCUACUGAUUGUUUGUAGUCUGAGUAUGGGUGACUAUUAUUAUUAUUAUUAUUAUGUCACCACCACUGCCUUUACCACCAUUGCAGUUUAAUGUCCUGUUAAGAGUGAGGUCACUAGUUAUGGAAUAAUUCUGUUAAUGUCGGCAUGUAAGUUGUAGAUUGCUCCAUGAAGUUGGAAAAAUCUCAUUUUAUGAAGCACUUGAAUUGUAACAUUUUAAGGAACUCUGUAUCACUACUAAUAUAUUCCUUAAAACUAGAAAACAAUUUUUAUGUAACUUUUAUGCACUAUUGGUAAAUGCUGAUGUUUCUUAUCAUAAUCAGUUGUUAAUUUUUGUCUGUUAUGUAUUGGCCUCAUCAUACACUACCAGAUUCACAUUUUCUGUCAGUACAUCAUUUAUAGUAAUUCUACCAAAGUUGUUAAUAUUUCCAUAAUAUGGUUAUAAUUCAGACAGUAUUUAAUUUAUGUUAUUAUGUAUAAUGAUUGUGGUGAAGUGGUUGCUAUCCUGGAUGUAUGGGUAACAGGGCAUUGAUAUUGUUCUUGUUUGAAGUAUUUGUUCCAUGUAUGCUUUGUUGAUUAAAAUCAAUAUUUUAAAUG